AUGUCGAUCGUAUUGGACCGGUACGAUGCGCUGGAAGAACAGCAAGACCUGCACUGGUUCAAACAAGUGUUCGUGCUAUCGCAGACGUUCGGCAUCACAUCAGUGAUCUUGAUCGCUCUGUGGAUGGGCAACUAUGACGGCGGCUACGGCUGGUCGGAUCAACCGGAUCAGAUGUUUCACUACCAUCCAUUGCUCAUGUCGAUCGGAUUGUUGUUCGUCUUUGGCGAAGCAAUCCUCAUCUACCGCGUGUUUCGCUACGAACGUAAGAUGGUCACGAAAUUGGCCCAUGCCAUACUUCAUACAAUUGUCUUUACCCUGAUCGUCAUUGCGCUGCACGCCGUCUUUACGUCACACCAGCUUAACCGUGUGCCGAACUUGUACUCGCUGCAUAGUUGGGUCGGUCUGUCGGUUGUGCUGCUCUUUUCCAUGCAGUAUCUUUGUGGUCUCGUUACGUUCCUAUUCCCGGGCCUAUCUCUGCCAACAAAACAAUGGUACCUGCCCAUUCACCAAGUGUUUGGUGUCGUCAUCUUCGUGGCUGCAUCCGCGACAGCGUUAAUGGGCAUAUCUGAAAGAGCG